AUGGGAGCUAAACACUCAAUUAAAAGACAAUCAGAAUAAAAAGCACCUUAGUGCAACAUCCGUUUGAGAUAAGCCUUGAAGAAGUAUCAUGGUUUACUCUCCAUUAAGCUUAAGGUACCCAUUUAUGAUUCAUUCUCUCUAUCAUUAAUCUACUCUCCUGGUGUUGGUGAAAGCUGUUUAGAGAUUAAUAAGAAUUAUGAUGAAAUCUACAAAUACACUAAUAUAGGUAAUUCCUUGGCAAUAGUUACUGACUGCUCUGAUUAUCAUGGAUUCAACACUCCUGGAUGGAACUUAGAUGCUGCUAUCCCAUAAUUAGAAGCCAACUCUUUGUUCUACAAGAUUCACACCAACAUAGAUUCAUAUCCUUUUGUUAUCAACAUCAAUAAGUGUCCUACUCUCAAUGAAUUCAUUGAAGCCUUCCUCUACCUUAAUGAUGCCUACGCAGCUGUUGAACUCUUCAAUGUUUCUGAAGAAAGAAGCAAGCAAGUUUUCAGCAUUCUCAAAGACUAAAAGUUACGUUAAGCUAUUUUAGGUUCACACUAAAGAUUAAGAAUUUAAAAACUCUUAGAAGAUAGAAAGUUAGACUAGUAAUUCCCAGAUGGUUACAUAACUUCUAUAAUCUUGAGAGCAAGUUUAGAUUGCUUAUACAGAGGUUUAAUCCCUGAUGAAUUGAUUGAUUUAAUCUUCAAGAAUAUAGAUUUAAAUCCUGAACUACUUUCUAACAAAUCUCAAUCUUCCAUUAGUCUCUAAAGAGUUAUUGUAGAAUAUUUCUUCGCUAAGCAAUUAGCAAACACUUCAUUCACAAAAGAAUAAGUAGAAGCAAGAUUCAAAAAUUACAUGUUUGAAGGAAAUAGAGCUUGGUUGCAAAGAUGGCCAAAUGACCACAGUUUAGUUGGCUAAACUUUGGGCUAGAACUCUCUUGCUCUUCAUGCUAGAUUCUAAGGAAUGAUUAAGACUACUUCCAAGAUUAAAAUGAAAAAUUUAAAUGAUGUCUAUGAAAUUAUCGACAGUGCCUCAUACGAAGCAAUCGAAGAUGAAAUACUUGAAAAUCCUUCUCUUGUUAGAGAGCUAACUUUCAAGAGCAACUGGUCAGCAAUCAUUACUAAUGGUACUGCAGUCUUGGGUUUUGGUGACAUUGGAGCUGGUGCUGGUUUACCUGUCAUGGAAGGAAAAAGCUGUAUCUUUAAGCAACUUGGUGGUAUUGAUGUUGUUCCUAUUUGCAUUCAAGAAAAGGACCCAAAGAAAUUAAUUGACGUAAUUGAAAGAUUAUCUCCUGUUUUCAGUGCAAUUAACUUAGAAGAUAUUAAAGCUCCUGAAUGCUUUGAAGUUGAAAAUGAGUUAAAUAAAAGAUUAGACAUUCCUGUCUUCCACGAUGAUCAACAUGGUACAGCUAUUGUUACAGUCGCAGCUAUCUUAAAUACUUUCAGAUUGACAGGUAAGAAGGCUGAAAAUGUUAAGCUUGUAGUUAAUGGUGGUGGUGCUGCUGGUCUUUCUAUAAGUAAAAAUUCAAAAAGAUUAUCUCUUUAAUAUUAAUAAAUUAUUUUAUAUUUAUUAUUAAUAGCAACACUUUUACUCAAAAUUGGUAUUAAAAAUAUUAUUAUCUGCGAUACAAAGGGUGCUAUUUACAAAAACAGACCAGUUAAUAUGAACAAAUAAAAGGAUGAACUUGCUGAAUUGACUAAUCCUAACGAUAUUAAAGGUUCUCUCGAAGAGUGUGUUAAGGGAGCUGAUAUAUUUAUUGGUGUCUCUGCUGGAGGAGCUCUUAAAGCUGAGUGGGUUAAGACUAUGAAUGAAAAGCCUCUUAUCCUUGCUAUGGCUAAUCCUAUCCCAGAAAUUAUGCCUGAUGAAGCCAAAAAAGCUGGUGCUUAUAUCGUCGGUACUGGUAGAUCUGACUUUAAAAAUCAAGUAAACAAUUCUCUAGCCUUCCCUGGUAUUUUCAGAGGUGCCCUUGAUGUAAGAGCUAAAGAUAUUAAUUUGGAAAUGAAAAUGGCUGCUGCAAAUGCUAUCGCUUAUUUGAUUCCUGACUUUGAAUUAACCCCUGAUUACAUCAUUCCUAGUUCAUUAGACACUAAAGUGCCAGUUGCAGUUGCUAAAGCUGUUGCUGAGGCAGCAAUUAAAACCGGAGCUGCUCGUAUUAAAAUUGAUACAGCUCAAGUUGAAGAAAACAUUAAGAACUUUAUUUUAGAAAGAAAUCUUAAAGGAAUUAAAUUAUGA